GUUUGAACUCAGUCGGUGGUCUGCCAGAUGAAGGCUGUUCAAAGCUGACUUCUAUCAGUCCUUCCCAGUGCCUUUGUAGUGUGGAGACUCAGCAACAGGUGACAUUUAGAGCUGAAAACCAUUGACAACUUUGAACGCUCACCGCUACCCACGCCUGCCCUUCACCUGAGACAGGACCCACGCUCCUCGUACAGGAGAGGUAGAACGGAGUGAGAUGGAGAGGAAGUAGGAGAGAGAAGAGGAUGUGUAUCGGUGUCCAGUCGGCUGAAGUUGUCUGCUGCCAAUAUGUGAUGUGUGGAUCUCCACUUCGUCUGGAGUGAAACCUUAACAAUCUACCCAGGACCUCAGACAACCCAGGUACGUUUGGAUGCUAACUCACUAUUUGACUUUCGCCUGUCUGUUUGACUGCCUCUCUCUACCUUUUCCUCUCCUCCAGACCAUGUCGGUCCCCCAGGACCUCCUGCCAGACGGCAGUCCCCUGAUUGGAGCAGCGAGGCUGGGGAAGCUUCGCCUCGUUAGGCUGCUCCUGGAGGGGGGUGCCCAGGUCAACGAGAGAAACCCAGGAGGAGAGACUCCUCUCCUGGCUGCGUGUAAAGCCCUGAGAGGGGAACCCACUGGACCUGGAACCCUGAAACUGCUCAGAUACCUACUAGACAACCAGGCAGACCCUAAUGCCCAGGACCGGUCAGGCCGUACAGCUCUGAUGUAUUCCUGUAUGGAGAGGGCUGGAGCUCAGCUAGCCUCUACUCUCCUCUCAGCUGGAGCUGACCCCAGUAUGGAGGACUACUCUGGAGCUUCAGCUAUGGUCUACGCUAUCAACGCACAGCACCAGCCUACACUACAGGUGCUACUGGACGCAUGUCGCGCCAAAGGCCGUGACAUCAUCAUCAUCACUACGGAGAUGGGUGUGAGCGGAGGGCCGGUGACGAGGCGCUACCUGAACGUUCUGCCGUCUCCCGAUGCAUCACCUGUCACCUGCAUGUCACCCUCUGACAUCAUCAUCAAGACGGGCUCACCUAACUCACUUGAGGGAGAGAACGUGUUCAAUUUCAGAGGAUCAGGUAAGAGGGGGAGUGGCAGCAGCAGCAGAUUCUCCCCAUGUGAGCUGAGUCCAGUGGACCAGUCCUGUAUCACCCCUCCCAGACAGCGACAGUGGUCUGAACCAUGGCUAGCUAUUCACAAUCUGGCUCGACUUAACAAGGUCUACCAAGAGGGAAGGAGGGAGAGGAAGGUAGAGGAAGAGAAAGAGGGAAGAGAGGAAGGAGGAAAGGGAGAAAAAGGUUAUCUUCAGCACGGCUUUAAGAAGGAAAGGAGGGAGAAGGCCGAGCUAGAGGAAGAGGUGGGAGAUGACAAGGAGAGUCAAUCUGUCCAUCUCUACCAUAAGGAGAUAUCUUCCGGGGCCUCUUGUUCUCUCCUCUUUCCUACAGAGGAGCACCUUUUCCAGGCAGCCCAGAGCAGACUGUCCCCUGAGAGGAGGCUAGCCCCUGGAGGUUCCACCUUGGAUUUAUACAGAGAACACCCCAGUACUCAAACUGCUUUACAUUGUAGAGGGGGAUCUAAUCUCAUCGGAGGCGACCCAAUGACCCGGAAGUGCUCCGUGGACAGACUUCCUCCCUGCUCUCCCUCUCGCUGGCAGGGGGCUCGUAGGAACACCCUCCCCUCCUUGACUCCAGCUCCACCCCUUCUUCACCUGCCUCCCCUAUCAUGUCAUGAGUCUCACCUACAGGUCCCACCCCUUGGCCUACCUGUUGCAGGUGUAGGUAUGGUGUGUCGGACGCAGCUGCCCUCCUCCCCUCUUUCUCCCACUCCCCCCCUCUCUCUUCCCUUUAAAGCAAUAUUUAGACCAGGCUUUCUGCCUCCUCUACCCCUCUCUACCUCCUCUUCCAUUCCUGCUCUCCUUCUCUCCACCUCCUCCUCGUCCUCCUUUGUUCCCUCUCUCCCUCCCUCCAGUGAGAGGUCACCUCGACGUCACUCUAUCCAGCUGGAGCCGCUGAGAGGAGAGGAGGAGGAAUAGAGGAGACAAGAGGGAAAGGAGGAGCGGGAGUGAGACCCUAUGUUAGCUGUUGUGGUGUGUGUAGUUACUUGUAAUAACCUCUAGAGCAUGCUCUAGAGACACUUAUUUAGUGCUUGCUGACCUGAAUGUGUGCAUUCAUAUCAACAGUCUAAAGCAGUAAUCUCCAAUCCAAAGAAUUAUUUGGAAUCAUUUGUUUAUUAGAUAUUUCCUAUUUAUACUGUAUGGGUAAUAAAACCCAGCCUUUAUUCACUUGUGUUGUAGCUUUUUCCCCACAACCACACUGAAAGUUGUCGCUGUCACUGAACUUUAGUCUGUCUUGCUUUAUGAUAGUCACAUGCCCCUACCUUUACAAGAAGUCAGUCAGUAUUCUUAGUGAGGGCUUUAAAGCAAAUGUUAAUUUGACUGUGUACUUUAACUACAGGAUCGGUGUCCCGUCAACGGGACGGUUCAGCUAACGUAGGCUACUGUGAUUUGCAUGAGGUUGUAAGAAACAAAAAAAAAAAUCUCAGGACAUUGACAU